AGCACUACCCCUGAUGCUAGCUGUCAACAAAUAUAUUUUAGUGUAUUAAUUAAAACUUGACAGAGUAGCCUGGUGGACCACAUGCAGACACUAACCCCGCCUGAAGCAAAUUAGCUUGUGUUUCCUCAACGUAGGUGGAGCCAAGAAGGACGUCACAUAACACAACACAACAUAUCUAAAGUAUACUGCAAAAUGGCGGAGCACAGAGAAGAUCAAGACAGCGAUGAAGACUGCUGUGAAGUGGUGGAUUUGACAGAUUAUGCAAGGCGGCAUCAAUGGUGGAGCAGGGUCUUUGGACAAAAUUCUGGGCCGAUUGCAGAGAAAUAUUCAGUCACUACUCAGAUAAUGAUGGGUGGAGUAACAGGCUGGUGUGCGGGAUAUCUGUUCCAAAGGGUUGGGAAGAUUGCAGCCACUGCAGUCGGUGGUGGAUUUCUUUUGCUACAGUUUGCAAAUCACAGUGGAUACGUGCAAGUUGACUGGAAGAAAGUGGAAAAAGAUGUCAAUAAGGCCAAAAAGCACCUAAAGAAGAAGGCCAACAAAGCAGCACCCGAAAUCAGCAAUGUAAUUGAAGAGUCUACAGAAUUUGUGAAGAAGAAUAUUGUGCUGUCCAGCGGGUUCCUUGGAGGAUUCUUGCUUGGUCUUGCAUCAUAAAGAUUCAAGGGCUACAGGAGCUGCCAAAACAGUACUUGAUAAUAGUAACUGUGAAGCUUUUUUUCUGUUCACGAGGAGGAAGUGAGAGUCUGUGAACAAUAAUGCUGGAGCAGGAGGAGAAGCAGCAGUACAGCCAGGGCACUCCACAAUGCUUUCCUCCUCUUUACUGUGCCUCUCAAACCAGCAAGAGCCUGGGAAUCUCAUCAGUACUCUUUAAAAGUGAGUUGUGGAACCAGUGCAUUGUGCAGAAACAACACUCACAGAUUUCGCUUUGCUCGUCGCUGUCGGUGCGUUGUUCUUUUAUUUUGCCUGCCCAAGAAAGUGUUAUAAUUAUAUUAUAAUCGCUUGUCAUCUCAUGUCUAAUUCCAUUUUGUAUGACCUAGAAAAACUAAUUGGAUGUACUGUAUAAAAUAGUGUAAAAAUAUUAUAUAUUCUUUGUAAAUGUUGUUGCUGUUGUUUUUAUUUUUGUGUUCGUUUUCAGUCGUCUUUUUUUAAAAGUGUGGGGGGGUCAGUGUAAUCCCGGUAUGAAUUUCAAAAUAUAUUUUAAAUGUAAAGUUGUAUUUUAUAUUUUCUGUUUGAUUUAAUUCAUUAAAUAAUAACGGUGAAUGAAAAUAUUGCAUGUUCAUAUAUUUCUCAUGUCUUUCCUAGCCAGUUUUACCAUAAGGUGAUGGUGGUUUAAAUCAGUGAUUUUGACCAGUUAAUCAAUAUGCUGGUAAAGGGUAUGCUCGGUAGAACAAUAAUCUGCGCAGGAAACAACAGCAGACCAUGAGGAAGAGGGUCGUGGGGUUGACACCUUGGGGCUAACUCACAAAGCCAUUACAGUACUCCAGCACCAUUUUUUACCGAAGGAAGACACCUAUUGAAGCUUUAAAACCUGAAAUAAACAACUAAGGAAUUCAAUAUUCUUUGAUUUAUUUAGUUUUUU